ACAGGAAGCCUUCCCGCGGCCGGAUGAUGAGUGGCAGCGCCGGCCUCUCGCCAUCUUCCUGUUGGGGCGGCUCUCCCUCUGGUGGCCGCCUUGUUCAUGGCAGUUCUUUCAAUCUCCUCUGUCUGAAAGCUGCCUGGAGCCCCUUGUUUUUUUUCCGUCCGGAUACUGUACACCGAUCCACGGACGGCGGCUGGCCGGCGCAGGCAGGAGAUUCUAGAUCAACAAUCUCUGAUUCAAAUAUUGACAGUGAGCUGCUUGUGAUGAAUGCUGAUAUGGAAGUAAUUGACCCCGAGAGUCAAGUAGAAUUAGAAGAGAAGACACGGCUGAUUAAUCAAGUUUUGGAGCUUCAACAUACUUUAGAAGAGCUGUCUGCACGUGUGGAUGCUGUGAAAGAAGAGAAUCUGAAGCUGAAAUCUGAAAAUCAAGUUCUUGGACAGUACAUAGAAAACCUUAUGUCAGCUUCUAGUGUUUUCCAAACAACAGAUACAAAAGGCAAACGAAAAUGAGGGCUGGCAUUUAUAGUAUGUUUGUAUUCUGUACAAUGUCAUAGUCCACAUCAUUUUCUUGGCUGUUACAACCAGUAAAACCUGCCUGACAUGACUUUUUUUGUGUUAUUUCUAAAUUGACCUCUGAGAAAUUAUCCAAGUCUACAUUGUGGAAAACUCCACUGAUCAGCUGGUUGGCCCUUGUUAGAAAGAUGUUGAAGCAUAAUCCUUAACAUUUAAAUGUUUCCAUAAAUUAACCUGAUUAUUACAAUACAUGGAGUAUCUUGUUGGAAAUACUCAGCAGGUCAGGUGGUAUCUGUGAUUGAGAAAAUUAUUUCUUAUCUUAGCAUUUCCAGUAUUUUCUGUUUUAAGAUAUCAGACAUCCCACCCUGCAAAAACUCAUUUCAGGGGGGUAACAUCAUCAAUUUGCGGGAGACUUCCGGGAGAGGAGGGAUGUCUGCAAUAGAGUAGCUCCUUAGCAGCUAGCCAGCUAGUUUAAAUAACGUUAGCUAUGCUAAUGAACAAAUGACACCUGUUAAACUCACCUCAACAUGUCUUUUACAGUCUUAACCCACCAUGGGCAAUAGAAGAGUCGUUGUUGCAAACAGCGCAGUGAGCAACACUGUCAUUAUUUUGACCUCUAUUAGGCAGGGGUACACUUUAGUGUAGUCUGGGGUGACGUACGUUUUAUAUUUUUUUGGAACACUCUGCCAUGGCGCGCUUUCGCUCUCUCGCUUGCGUGCUCUCAAGCGCUGUUGCUUGCUCGCUCUCUCUCCCUCUGGCUCGUGCGCUCUCGCUUGCUUUCACUCACGCUCUCACUUUCUCGCUCUCGCUUGCUUGCUCUCUCGUGGUCGCUCUCGCGCUCUCUCUUGCUUUUCUCUCGCUCGCUCUCAAAAUUGAUUUCCGUGAUAUUGUAUAUAAUUUGCGGGCAUCAGGGAGCCACUAUUAAUAGGCGAGAGAUUCCCGGGUGUUCCGGGAGAGGUGGGAUGUCUGAGAUAUCCAGCAUCAACAGUUUUUUGUUUUUGUAGAGCAUGUCUACAUUUUUAGUACUGGAGCCCCAGAAUCAAAAUAAUUUAUGUUCCUGUUACCUCUAGCUUUAACUUGACUUGGUUGAAACAUAUAACUUAGAUUAAGAAAAAGUGCAAUAUAAUGUUAACAUUUAGAAAAUUAACUAUUUUAACAUUGCAUAUGCUAAUCAGAAAAUGCAUGAAAUUUUUAAGAUGGCCUCCUUUAUGUAAAGUGAGGUAAUGCCUAUAAUUCUACUGUGCUGUUUGUACUUGUCAUAUUAAAAUUGGAGCUAAUUUUUUAAGUUGUAGGGCUAUGGUGUCUCUUUUAAAUUCAAAUUAGAUGGCUAACUUGGUUCUCAAUAACUGAGUAUUUAACGGACUUUUCCAGGACACACAUUACCAUCGCUAAUGAAAAAAAUGUUUGGACUGUUUCUAAAUGAAUUUGAUGCAUUUUUUAAAUAGAACUAAAUCAAAGGUAAAGGA